AUGGUGGGCGUGGCGGGAAAGUCCAAGGGUUGCAAUACCUGCAGGAAGCGAAAGGUCCACUGUGAUGGAGAAAAGCCGUCCUGCGCUCGCUGUCAGAAGGGCAAUCGGGUAUGCGGAGGAUAUCAGCGUGAACGACAUUUCAAGAAUCUGAGUGCCUUGGAUCGGGAUGCCUUAUUGACCCGAACUCAGCCUUUGGCUUCGCUCACAGACCUGCGCACGAUUACUACCGGCUCAGCUUACGAUAUUACGCCUUGCAGAACCCCCGAAACCGACGACAGCGUAACUUCCAAAAGCCAGAAGCUUCAGUGUACAAGACGCGCGCUCAGCCUCUCGGAAUUGUUCGAUAACUUCCUCGACAAUUACAUACCCACAGAAGCCGAGCUUCAGAAUGGGCACAAGGUCCAAGUUUCCUGGCUCCAAGCCAUCGACCCCUCACAAGUACCAUUAAAUGACGCCUCUCUUGAUCUCGCAAUCUUGGCGUUGAGUCUGGUCUGUUUAGGUCGCAAAUAUGGCGACGAGAGGCUCCGAUAUGAAGGCACGGCAAACUACGGCAGAGUUUUGCAUCGACUACAAGACAUUCUCUCACAUCACAGCCUGCUUUUAGAGGAGCAGACUCUUGCCAGCUGUAUGGUGUUAUCUACUUUUGAGGCAAGCACCCCUCAGAGCACGAAUAAGACUAAUACCGGCGGAUGGGCCAGCCAUGUGGAAGGUGUCGCAAGGUUGAUCCAGUUUCGAGGUCCGGAUUUACAUGUGGCUGGAUUAAGCCAUCGUCUCUUCUUGGACUUUAGAUCUACUGGUAUCACACACGCCUUGGCCACCCGGAAAUCGACCUACCUUGCACAACAGGACUGGCUGACAGUGCCGUGGAAGAUACAGCCGAAGUCGGACCUUGACCAACUGCUCGACAUCAUGGCUCAAAUUGCAACCCUAAUCGAGAAGGCGGCACGACUCACCACCGCGUUCGAUGAUCUCCAUGCACAGAGAAUAGCACUUGUACAGCAGGGGUGGGAAUUUCAUUCCCAACUUAAGAACUGGUACCAGGGAUUCCUACAAAAGCAAGCCGGGCCGCUCUACUACGAGCGGCCUUCGUCAUCACGUUUUCUUUCUCAACCUGCAUCCGUCUUCCCGAAGUCCCUACACUUUCAGAAUUUCAAAAUUGCACGACUUCAUCUCUCCUACUGGACCGUUCUCCUCUUGCUCUACAGUAGCAUCCUCGCCAUCCCCUUCUCGUCUCUGAGUGACGUGAAUCCGACUUCUAACCUCAUCACGUCCGUGGAAAAUGAAUUCACCCACAGACAAGCGCUAGAGCUAGCGAGAAUGAUCGCCCAAUCAAUGGAGUAUCUACUCUCGGAAGAUAUGCAUAUUCUUGGACCGCAGAAGGUGUUUUUCGCCUUGCGCGCAGCAAUGCACGUAUUUGCGAGCACGGAAGCGGAAGACGGGCAGGAGAUGGACUGGUGUAAGGAGAUUUUUGAGGAGCUUGAUCGCCGAGGAUAUCCUUUUGGCAAGAUCUUGUCCUCCGCCGUUGGCUACGCCGCUGCGGCAUCCCCGUCCAGUCCGAGGAAAUAUGUCCAGCUCACGAACCGCACCCUCAUUCGUCUUGCAGGCCCUGAUGCCGGAGUAUUUCUAUUCAAUCUCGUCCCGGCCAAAAUUCUAGAUACCGGGAGCACCAAGCCUAUUUAUACAGCAUUUCUCUCUUCAAAUGGCCGAAUCCUGAACGACGUAUUCAUCUACCCUCCCAGUGAGGGCAAUGGAGAGGAGUGGUUCAUCGAGGCCGACUCGCAAAGCGCAGGCGACCUACUGAAACAUUUACGCAAGCACAAACUGAGGUCGAAGUUCCAGUUGGAGAAGGUAGACCCAGAGAAGGUGGGCAUCUACUACACCUGGCCCGACGAGGGGGACCUGGUGGGAUACUCGGGCACGAAGAGGCGGACUGGUGGACAAGAUCCCAGGCCUGGCAUGGGCUCACGAUGGCUAGACGAGACGGGUUCCAAGGUCGAACUGUUGCAACACCUCGAGGAGCGCGGAGUUCAGCAGGCUACACUGCAAGAUUACACGGUUCAUCGCAUGUUAAACGGGCUGGCGGAAGGGCAGACCGAACUCCUGGCCGGAAGUUCCUUGCCACAGGAGAGCAACAUCGACUUCUUUGGCGGGAUCGACUUCUUCAAGGGCUGCUACGUUGGCCAGGAGCUCACGAUCCGCACUCAUCACACCGGUGUCGUCCGAAAGAGGAUAUUGCCUUGCCAAUUAUACGAUCCCGCUGACAACCCGCCUCCGGACGCUCAGUUCCUGCCAAAAUAUAAACCGGACGCGGUUCUCCCUCUCCCUCCACCGCAAUCGAACAUCUCCAAAGCGCAUGCCCGAGGCCGCGGAAGGAGUAGUGGGAAGUGGCUCAGCGGAGUGGGGAACAUCGGCCUUGCAAUUUGCAGACUGGAGAUGAUGACCGAUAUUCAACUGACGGCGGAUCGGACAAACUACGAUCCUACGGAACAGUACAAAGUGCAGUGGGAGAUCGAAGGGCAGGAUGGUCAACGUGCAGUCAUGCUCAAACCAUUUGUACCCACUUGGCUGAGGGAGGGCGUAGAGCAGAGUUUACACAGAAAGGAGAAAAGGCCAAAGCCACGGCAGGAUGAUGACGAAUAUGAUGAGGUUGAUUGA